UACAGCACAGACGCAGGAAAAAGGGGCAAACGCAAAGCAACGAAAAACGGCUACUGCAAAGGAAGAAAUGGUUAGGUAAAAAAAGGUACGUUGCAGACGAUUCUUUCUUGUACACCAUGUUUUCGGAAACAGGCAACAUCGUCUACUAAAUCUGGUUACACGAAGUCAUUCUGUUAUCUCUUCACCCAUUACUCCUGCAAGAGGAGCUGAGGCCUUCUCAGGAAUGGUAGAGCUUAUGACGACGAAAGAAUUUAUGAACACAGGAUGAAAACAUUACCAAUAUGGGCUAAAGUAAUCAAAACUUUUGGCAUUGUGAUAUCAUCAGGAAGUUUUAAAAGACCCUUGAUAUUCAGAUAAUUAACAAUGUGAAAUUAGGCUCAUCAUAAGUAUAUAAUUAUAGUGUAUCAAAAUAUGUCUGAUGCACUGACAAAGUAUUUUUGUCCACGUUUGUUGGACUAUGUAGUAAUUAUUGGUGCUCGUAAGAUUAAUCCUACACAAAGUGUGCAAUCACCAGAGUUAGUUCGAUGUUAUCCUCGUGAAUAUCACCAAGAUUUUCCUUUACCUCGAGAUAUGGUAUUUUUUUGCCAGCCUGAAGGGUGUGUCAGUGUUGGACCAAAGAAAAUUAGCCUACGAGAAUCAAAUUCUUUUGUUUUUGCUUUAACUGAAAAGGAUACCAGUAAAAUUCGCUAUGGUAUAUGUGUUAAUUUUUUUAGACGAAUAGAAAGAGAACAACCUGUAGAAAAGCUUUACCAGAAAGAAACACAGCGGAGUUUUGGAACUGAGCAAGAUUUUUCAUCAUAUCAGGAUGGAGGCUCAGACUCAGCUUUUAGUGAUCAAGCAUCAGGGACUACUACAAAUCUUAAUGAUUCUGAUAUGGAACAACAGAAUUUUUAUCGACAGAGUCAGAGGAAGAAACGAUUGAGAACUCACUCACUCACAUCAUUAUGUAUAAUAAGUCAUCAUCCAUUCUUCUCUACUUUUCGUGAAUGUUUAUUUGUGUUAAAGAGGCUAAUUGAUUCUGCUAAUGAUCAUCUUGGUUUUGGACAAGGAGGAUUGUAUCAAUCACAAAGGGAAUCUGUAUGGUCUGUCUUGAUAGGAAAAAUAAAUGAAAACACAUCUCCUAUUAUUCUUCAACAUGUAAGAGAAAUUGAAACUUGGAUUUUUCGGUUACUUUCUGCACCAGUGCCUGUACCUUCCAAGACAAAAGUAGAGGUUGAGGUGUUACCAAAAGACCUUCAUCCUCCUCUGAUAUUUGCAUUGCCAGACCAUACACGGUUUUCAUUAGUGGAUUUUCCCCUUCAUCUACCUCUUGAACUUCUUGGUAUUGAGACAUGUAUGCAAGUUCUGACUUGUCUCUUGUUGGAGAAUAAGUUAGUUCUACAAUCAAGAGACUACAAUGCCUUAUCCAUGAGUGUCAUGGCCUUUGUUAAUAUCAUAUAUCCCUUGGAAUACAUGUUUCCCAUUAUACCACUCCUGCCAACUUGUAUGAUUGGUGCAGAACAGCUACUCUUGGCUCCUACACCUUACAUUAUUGGAGUCCCAGCAAGUUUUCUAUUGUUCAAACAACAUUUUAGGCUUCCAGAUGAUGUGUGGUUGAUAGACUUAGACUCAAACAAGAUUACUAAACCUCCAGAUAGUGAAGAACUCCCACCUUUGCCAGAACCAGAAGGUACCAUCCUGCAAAAUCACAUUAAACAAGCACUUGCUUCAAUGAGUAUGUUACCACAUCCUGUAAAAACCCUCAGCAAGGCUGAUCCAGCCGAAGCGAAUUCAACAAUUUCAACAGAUUAUAAUGUGACAAUGCCAUCAACAGGCUUCAAUCCUCUUAUUUUUGGCAAUGAUGUAGACACAGUAGAUAUUGCAACUCGUGUUGCUAUGGUUAGAUUUUUUAAUUCACCUAACCUACUAGCUCAUUUUGCAGAACAUACACGCACACUUCGUCUAUAUCCAAGACCUGUUGUUGCCCUUCAGAUCAAUAGCCUUUUGCAAUCUCGGCCAAAAGUGUCUACAUUCUUAAAAAAGUUUGUCCGAACUCAGGCUGUGGAAUUUAUGGCUGAAUGGUCACUAUGUCCAACAAAUGCUGCAUUCUUAAGAGUACAUACAGGUGUUUAUGAUCCCGCACUUAUAGGAGAUAAGCAUAAAUGGUACAGUAACCAACUUCAACCAUUUCAUUUUAAAGUAUGGAAAGAACAAAGCUGUUUGGAAAAUGCACUGAUGAAGGUGCCAUCUGUGGAAGAACAAAGCUCUGAAGAAAGUGCCAGUGAAAGUGAUGAUGCAGACAGUGUUAGUUCUUCCUAUUCUUCACUCAGUGAAUUUGUGAAAGAUAUGUUCAACAGCGAAAUUUGUGGCGGAGUUACUGGUCGCUCAGUAGAAGAACCAAGCUAUAGUGAAGCUUUGUUGGAUCAACAUACUGUGUACAAACCACCAAGUUCUCUUCAGCUACCAGUAAUCAAUGAUCCAGCUACUACUGAUGUGGAGCUAUCACUUUCAGAAUCAGAAUCCUCAUCAUCAUCAGAUUCUUCCGUGUCAAGCCCUUCCUUCAGUUGUCAUGCUGAAGCAGACUUGGAAGUAGCAACAAAACAAGUCAAAGGAAGGGAAUCUCAGGAUAUUUUCCCGUUACGUAAAACACGGGGAAGAUCUGAAGAAGGGUCUCCUCUUAUACUUAGCCAAGAAGAAAUCAGUAGUAGUUUUACUCCAUCAGUAUCAACUAGCAUGUCUGUGUUGUCACCACAGCCAUCCAUUACAACAUGCAGUUCCUCGGGUGGUACUGGAAAUAAUGUACAGAUAUCAGUUACACCAGAGAAAGAUCUUUCAUACCCAUCUAAGCUGGGAGAAUUUUUUUCAAAGCCAGCAAAACUGCAAAUGGAAAGCUUGUGGCUUACGCCUGAUCACUUAUCAGACAAGGCUUCGCCUCGAACACCAUCUCCCAGUCGAAUGAUAAAUAUUACCAGUAUGCUUAGUCGUGCUAGCAGUCUUGGUGGGUCUAAUAACACUCAGCAAUCAAGCCAACCAUCUAUUCUAGGAACCAUGGCUAAGGAUGUGAGAGAUGCAGCCAAAGAAGCUGGCAAGGUGGCUGUGGAAGCCAGCAAGUCUGCAAUUGAAGCCACAAAACCUGCCAGGGAAGCUAGUAAAAAGUCUUUGUUGAAGAAUUUCCAGUCUUUUGGAGAACCAGUUACGAAAGAAAAACCAAAACAAGGAAUAGAACCUCAAAAACUGAAAGAUAGUGGUUCAGGCACAUUCAUAUCUACCAUGAGUAAUGAGCUUGAUGCUCUCUCAUCACAGACUUCCAGCAUGAUAUCUGGAUGGUUUGGUGGGCAAAGAGGUCAGUCUAUCAGGGCCAGGGAACGAAGUCAACCUUUUGGGCCUUUCCCAAAAGGACGCAAAGCCUUAGUGGAAAGAACACAUCUAAUUAAGCACAGUACCAACCAACAAAAAAGACAACAAGAAAUGGAACAUCUUCAGAAUGUGGAAGCUCAUACUACAACCCACAGUGAAAAUCAGCAAUUUCUCAAUGAAAUCAUUAAUGGUGUAUUUGAUGGAGAGGGAGUGGGCUGGUUAAAACUAAACAGGAUCAAGAGGUUAAUGGAAGAUGAAAAUUAUAGAAAUCAGGUUGUUAGUGCUCUCAACAAAACGGUCAAUAGAAAAACUGGACCUGAUGAUCGUAUAGAAGAUGUGUGUCUGCCAAAGGCUGUGUGGAAAGGCAUGAUCAAAUUACUGCUUGCUGUUGUAUCUGGGCUAGAAUACACAUAUGCAAAUAAUGGACUUGGUGGUAUGGCCAGUGCCCUUCAAGCCCUAGAGAUAGCGCACACUCAUUAUUGGGCUCAAGAUCCAACAGAAGAACAACACAUGGAUACUAGCACCACUGCAUCUGCAUCGCUAUCUCAAUGUACAUUUAUUCAGGGAAGUACCCCAUUUGGUAGUGGAGAGAACCUGUACAGACAAUGUAUGGAAUCAGGGAAACUUGACCAGACAGGAGAAUUAAAUCAUGGUACCUUUUGUUCUGAACAUGGCCCAUGUUUUCUAGGAUCAGAACUAAGUCCUCAUCAACACAAGGAUUCAUCACUCUCACCAGAAUUCCAUGUUAAUGUAACAGUUUCACCAGAGAGUUCUGAACUUGGAGAAACAAAUGAUUCACUUCGUACUUUCAUUGCUACUAAACGAAACCUGUUGUUUUCAAAUAUGACAAGUCUUGAGAUGGAGCAAGCUUCUGAAGGAGUGACUGGUGGAUCAGAUACAGCAGUAGCUAGUUCUAAUGCUAGUGAAUCUGGAAGUUUAACUACUAAUCCAACAUUUUGUCGGACUUCUUUGGGUGACCAGAAUAUGUACAGAUCCACUGCUUCAGACAGUGAAGUUGAGUCAGGGAAUUUUCCUGUUGCACGAGAAAAGCGAACCCCCAGUGUUUGGAGUAGUAAAAGUAGCCUAAGUAUGGGUCUCCAGUACCAUAGAGGUAGCAUUGUGAGCACGUCAUCUAAUCCUGAUCAUGAAGCUGUAAGGAGAUACUUGUAUGAGGGUUUAAUUGGAAAAGAGCGUCCUUCACUUUGGGACAAAAUGCAGUUUUGGGAGUAUGCCUUUCUUGAUGCUGUGGUGCAAGAACGUGAUAUGGUUGGAAUGGAUCAAGGCCCCGGGGAGUUAAUGGAAAAGUACAAAUCACUGUCUACGAUGGACCAGAAAAGAUUAGAGCAUGAAGAAGAUCGUCUUCUUUCAACGCUACUGUACAAUCUUGUGGCCUAUAUGGUGAUGACUAAUGUCAAUAAAAAUGACAUAAAAAGAAAAGUACGACGGUUGCUUGGAAAGAGCCAUAUUGGGCUUAUAUACAGUGCAGAAGUUAAUGAACUUCUUGACCAUGUCGAUACACUUAAUGGUAAUGAUAUUGAUUUGAAGCCACUCAGUAGUCGUCACAUCUUUCGUAGAUCCUUCACAGUUCAUUCUGGAAUGGAUGCAUCUGGUGAAAUGCUCUUUAUUAAGGUACGAGAUGAUGGUAUUGUUCUUCGAGGUGUAACUGGUACUGUCAAAAAACGCUGGUGGUAUGAACGACUGGUAAAUAUGACUUAUAGUCCAAAAAAUAAAGUUCUUUGCUUAUGGAGAAGAGAUGGAGGUCAGACUCAACUCCAUAAAUACUAUACUAAAAAGUGCCGAGAUUUGUAUUAUUGUGUGAAAGAAGCAAUGGAAAGAGCUGCAGUUAGAAGUGGUGGAGUACUGCCUGGAACAGAACUUGGAGGAGAAUUUCCUGUUCAAGACAUGAGAACAGGAGAAGGAGGAUUGUUACAAGUGUGUAUGGAAGGUAUUGGACUGCUUUUUGCUAACAGCAAGGAAUUUGAGUUCUUUGUCAGACUUGAAAACAUCAGAAAAUGCUUUACUCAGAAAGGUGGUAUAUUCAUCUUAGAGGAAUUCAAUCGCAAGACUCGACAGAUCAUACAUCGCUGGUACAAGUCGCAGAUGGCUGAUCAGAUAUGCUAUGCAGUUCUCUGUGUGUUUUCCUACAUGGCUGCUGGAAGUGAGCAGCGAAAACAUCGACUGAAAGCACCCGUUGAAAUUCGCAGGGCCCGUACCACUCCAUCAAGUCCUGUCGUGUGGCAGCGAAAAUGAUUUGUUCCUAACCCCUUCUAUUAAUAGUGCCACAAGCAUGUUUUUUUUUCCUCAUUAAUCAGCUAACACAUAUUGAUGAGUUUAUAAUACCAAUGAUGAUGUAAAUUGUGCCUUGAAUGUGAGUUGGCAAAAAAUAUGGCAAACAGUGGUGGAAAGACAUCAGUCACAAUUGUUUAUAGUAGAAAUUUUCUUUUAGAAUAUUUUCUAAUUAAGACUACUUAUAUUGUUUUAUGAUAAACUUUGCAGUUUUGAAAAUAUGUAUAAUAUACACUGACAAUUGUGCAUCACCGUAUUAAGUAAAUGUUAAGAUUUCAUUACAUGUAACUAUCUAUACAGAUAAUUGAAAUACCUGUUGGACUGAAAGCAAAAUCCAUAUUAAUUUAUUUUAAUGGAAAAAAAAAUUAAAGAUUAGAACUAGAAACUACUGAGGCUUCCAGUAACUUCUAUUUUAAGACAUUUACAUUUUAUGACACACAUAAUUUGUUUGAUUGUAUUAUGUACACCAGAAGUGUGUGAGCUGUUACAUAUUGUCUUUAAGUUCCUAUUUGCAACUUGAUUUUGUAAGGUACACAAACAUACAUAUGUAUACUUAAAUAUUUUCAACAUUAAAAAUUCAAUUUUAAUUUAAAUGUUUUACCCCAAUUUCCAACAUAGACACUAUCUUAAAAUAUUUGGUUAACUAAGUAUGAUUACUUUAUUAAUGACAAAGAAAGUCCAGAUUAGAUAAAAAUCUGAUGUAUAAAAAUUCAGGUAUGUUUAAUAUCAAUUCCAGUUGAUUUAAAUUCAGUCUUUUCUACAAAAAAAAUCAUUUAUUUGUCAAGAAAUUUGAAUUUCUAAUCACUUCCCCAUGGUUUUAGUUUCAUGUUUCCAGUAAAAAUAAAAGUUUAGUGUUUCCAAGUUUUUCUGAUUCAUCUCUGGAAACUGUAACAAAAUAAUUUAGUAAAUUCAUUCAUGUUAUGCCUGAAUUGUACAUAUAUCUGUGGGAAGCUCUGAUGUUAAGGAAUUAUUCUAAGGAAACUAAUGUUAGCUGUAAUUAUUGAAUACAUGCAAUGUUUACACAAGUUAAGUAAUUAUAGUGAAUGGUAGGAUUUCCAUUUCUGAUGUAAGUACUUAAGAUGACAAAAAUCAACUUUAGGUGUAUAUUGAAGUAACUGCCUUUCUGAAACACUUGAAGAGACAAACUAAAUUUUACACUCAAAAGUAAUCAAGAAAAUCUCUAAUUUUGAAAAAAAAAAUUAAUUACUUAUUUCUACAUUUAGUGACAUUUUUUAAAAUCAGUAUUUGA